AUGCCCAAGAUAUUCCAUGUCAACUGGUUCCGCAAAGACUCUCAGGGUAAAUUCCUAUGGCCCGGUUUCGGCGAGAACUGUCGCGUGCUAGAGUGGGUGCUCCGACGUUGCGACGAAGAGCCAUGUCAUAUGGAGACUCCCUUAGGGUUCGUGCCUAAGCCUGGCGAGCUUAACAUCGACAACCUUGGCGAUAUCAACAUGAAAGAGCUGUUCAGCAUCCCUAAAGACUUCUGGUUGCAAGAGGCGGAUGCAGUUGAAAAAUACUUCAAGGAAGAAGUUGGAGAGGACUUACCGAACGAAAUGUGGGAAGAAUUGAACACACUGAGAACGAACAUACAAAACUCAUAG